GAUAAUCGCAAACAGUCUAUAACGAGAAGGGGCACCUUCUAUAUGCUAUGUGCUAAGAACCGAGAAGUGAUAUAUGAGUGAAAAUAAAACGGAAAAUUAAUAUCGAGAUAAAAAAAACGGGAGUAAAAUAAAUAAAGAGAACAAAAGAAUAGUUUAAGCUAAAAAUUUGCCGAAAUUAAUUUUAAAAACAAGCUUAAAAAUUUCGGAAUUAAUCAAAUAUAAAUAAAUAAGAGAAUAUUUCAAGUGUAUCCUAUAGGAAAUUUAAAAGUUCUUUAUUUUUUGGAAAAAAAAGAAGAAAAUAAAUAAAAUAAAGUGAAAAACUUUGAAAAUUAUAAAUAAAAUAUAAAUAAAUUGCAUAAAAAUAGCAUAACCGGCUUUGCCUUUUCGACAGCUUGUUCGCCUUUCACAAGUGUUUACAAGUUUUCAUACAUUUACAAUAACAAAAUUAAAUAUCAUAAAAGAACAUUUUUAUGCCAAGCGAAAGAGCAUCCGAGUACCCUAGUUUCACAACUACAUUAACAACGCUUAGACAAAUGAAUUGAAAUCCCAAACUGAUCCACAUUACAUAUAUGUGCACACAUAUUGAUUAGUGUAAGAUUUCAAGUGUGUUUAAUUGUCUCUUGUCGGAAUUCCAGAAAAAAGCAGAAGCCGAGCUCACGUGUUAGAAUGUUGAGAAUAGUAAUAUUUAAAAAAAAAAAUUCGACAAGAUGGAAUUACUAAGAGAAUACCAAGCAUCAUCUGAAAAAUAUGAAUGAAAAUGUUGAAAACUCAAAUAAUUUAUCGCAUAUUGCUGCAACAUUAUCCGGUUCCGGUAAUACAGGGGGUACGGGCAGCAAUGUCGGUAGUGUGGGAAGUUCGAAUGCUACUGUUCUGAGUAAUAUAAACAUAAAUGAUUUGAAUAAUUUAAAUAAUGCAAAUAAUAGAAGUACGUUAGUGAUAGAAAAUCAACCAAAACGUCGCGUUAGUAUUGCCUCAGAUCCCGCUAAUGAGUAUCGUCAUACAGGCGGCUUUGACAACCCUGCCUUUGAACAAAAUCCUCGUAGGAAAAUAUCGCAGACAUCUGUACACUCACACACUGAUAUCGGUCCGGCUCGGCGGAAAAGUAUUUUAGUAAGCAAUACCGGUCAUGAAAAUGAAUCAGAUCUUGGUUCUUUACACAGUUACGAUCAUCGAUCAUGUAGACUAUCAGCUCUUGAUGUUCUCAACACAAAAAUCCAACAACAUCAACAGAAUCAACAGUUUCCUAAUAAUUUGGAAGAAUCCUGGCUGUACACAUUUUGCAUAAAAUGUCGCGGCGAAGAGAAUACACCGUCCUGGGAACCGCCUCAUUGGCAGAAAAUAUGCCCGUACCCUCUUUGUCCAUCAUUUAGACAAUUCGCCCGCAUCACCGUUCUCAUACUGAUUGGCGUACUGCUUUGGAUUUCGGCUUAUGUGAUUAUCGGCGAAACAGCAGCCCCAGGUGGGCAAUUGUUUAGCCUGGUAGUGCUAACUGUUGCGGCAAAUUUUGGAGGCUAUAUAAUCUCAUUGACUACUUUGCCUCGACUAAUCGGUAUGCUGAUAGUAGGCAUACUAUUUCAAAAUAUAGGUUGGGCUAAUUUAGAUGGGGAAUUCUCCCAUGUUACAUCGCAUUUGCGUAAAUUUGCUUUGACCAUUAUUCUAAUACGAGCUGGUCUCGAAAUGGAGCCGGAUGCUUUUAAAAAGGUCUACAAGACUAUUUUAAAGUUAGGUAUAAUUCCAUGGAUUUUAGAAUGCUGUGUUAUCGGAGUCAGUAGUCAUUUUCUACUAAGCUUACCAUGGGUAUGGUCUUUUCUAUUGGGUGCCAUUGUAGCGGCCGUCUCACCGGCUGUAGUUGUGCCUUGCCUUUUUCGAUUACGCACCAAAGGUUACGGUGUGGCUAAAGGUAUACCUACGCUGAUUAUUGCCGUGGCAGGUAUCGACGAUGCCUUAUCAGUAGCCAUCUUUGGCAUCAUCAGCAGCGUAAUGUUUUCGGAUCGCGGUCUAAGCUAUCAGAUAGCCCAGGCUCCAGUCUGCAUAGUGGGCGGUUUAGCCUUUGGCGUCAUUUGGGGCUAUGUGGCCCGUUACUUCCCUGAAAAAGGUGAUCCUUAUAUAGUACCUUUAAGAACAAUCAUGUUAUUCUCGGGAGGACUAACGGCGGUUUAUGGAAGCGAAGAAAUAGGCUUCGAGGGUGCUGGACCUUUGGCUGCUGUGUUUGCUGCCUUUGUAUCAAAUUUGUUUUGGUGCAAGCAAGGCUGGGAAGUUGAGGAUAAUCCUGUAGCCACAGCGUUCGAAAUAUUUUGGAUGAUCUUCGAACCAAUUCUAUUCGGUAUUACCGGAGCUACAGUAAAGAUCGAUGAACUUGACUCUGAUAUUGUUUCCGUGGGCAUUGGUUGCCUUGUAGUCGGUUGCGUUUUACGCAUACUGUGCACAGCAGGCCUUGCCUUCGGUGACCGGUUAAAUAUGAAAGAAAAGUUUUUCGUGGCGCUGUCUUGGAUGUCCAAAGCCACUGUACAAGCUGCUUUAGGUCCGGUGGCAGUCAAGCAUUUAGGUUCUGAUGCCAGCGAAGAGGAUAAACAUUAUGCAUACGUUGUACAAACCAUAGCUGUGUUAUCGAUUGUAUUAACGGCCCCUUUGGGAGCAAUUUUAAUAUCAGUAACAGGCACAAAAUUGCUUACGAAGACUAAGCAGCCGCAGAUUGUAGAAGGUUGGCGACGGAGCCAUCGUCCGUCUAUACGUGACAUCAGUAUUAUCGACGAGGAAGAAGAACGCGAGGACCCUGAAUUGUCGGAAGACAAAGAAACAGCGGACAACACACAAACGAAUGCUCACAUACCCAACUUAACGUUUACCUCAAAUAGCAAGUAAAGGAAUGUAGGUAGAUUAGGAAGGUGCAGUCUCUUAAUUGCCUUGAACAAUUUUUAUUGUGUAUGUAGUUUUGCUGCAGUUGUAACCACAAGUUGAUUCCAGAUGAAAACGUUCUCUUAGAAAUUGUUUAAAAAUUACAAAAAAAAAAAAACUCAUGG